ACGGGUUCUACACCUCUAUACCGAAAUACCCGACCCGAACCCGAACGGGUACCCAAAGCUAAACUAAAUCGAUAAUUAUUAUCCCCUAGCUAUAUAUGGGCUUAACGAAAUCGACAAUAGUUUUGGGCUUGUCUACAUAAGCGAUUGAUUAAAAUAAAUGAAAAAGAAAAAUUCAAAAAAACCAACCAAUAGAAUUAUAACGUUUUUCGUGAAAAGCUCUAUAUGAGUGCCACCUCAGCAGAAAUCACUAAAGUGACUUCUCUUUUAAUGUAUAGGGGGAUAUUAUAUAUAAUAAUCUCUAAUAUUUUGCUUAUAUAUUAGCAAAAGUCUAGCUGAAAAUAUGGAUUUAUGAUAUAGAUUACCAUAUUCUAUGAAUAUAUGAUUAUCUUGCUUUCUCCGGAGAUCUGUGUUCUGGACGAAUCUUUGAAAUAUAUGCAAGUAUAUAUUCUUUAAAACUAAUAUAAAAAGAGGAUGCUACUAAUCAGUAUGUGAUUAUGACUAUUGCUUGGUAGGUAUAGUCGACCGUUGGUAGUUUUUUCGUGAGUUCCUCACCACCAUAGGAUUCGAUUCUCUCGAUUAUUUGUUUGGACAAAAGCACAUAUUGAUUUGAGAUAAUAUUUUCGCCAAAACAUUAAAACAUUUUUUAUAUCCUCGAUCACUCAAUCAUACAUAAUUUACGUAUUAUCAAAUUCAAAAUAUCAGUGAAUGGUCAUGAAAAGAUCUGCAUAAAGAUCAUUCCAUGUGCCAAUUGUAUCCAGUUUCUGAAUUUUCUUGAAUACAUGCAUGUAUAUGUCGGAUUCUUAUAUCUUUAUUUUAAUGAUUUUGCCUCUCCAAAGUAGUAGUAGAUAUAGACAUAAGAUCUUUCUAAUGAGAAGUUGCAAUGAUAAGUUGGUGAAAUUUAACCUUUUGUACCAAUUUAGUCUUCAUAGCCAUAUGUGCAGUCCAUGUGGCUAACCGAAUUCCCUUAUAUUUGUUGUGUUUUGGUGCUCACCAUGUGCUAAUAUUUGGCCAUCAUCUAACGUUUUGUGUAUAUUUAAUAAGGGAUUUAAUAAGGGGCACAACAAAGUUUUCAUUGUAUUUUUUCUUUCAGCUGGGGGCACUUAUAUAUACAGUAUAACCUCUCUAAAUUAAUAUAUACUAAAAAUUACUAUAAAAUAAUAUAAUUUUAUUAUUUCAAAUUGAGUUUUUGAUUCAACUAAUAUAUCAAUAAAUUAAUAUCUUUAUAAAUUAAUAAAAAAUUAUAGUUUUGGUGUAGUUCUGGCAUUAUUAAUUUAUUGAGGUUUCACUGUAUAUAUAUUUACAGCAUUUGUUAAAAAAAAAUUAAAAAUUAGUUGGGGGCACGUGCCCCCUCCCCCCGUACGCUAUGCACUCCGUCCACCCUAGGAAAAGGAGAAAUUAGGUUCAAUAACAUCAAGAAAAAUAUAAUUCACUAUCUAACUAAAAUUUCACCAUUUCUCAUGCUUUCUCUUCCUAUCUUUUUCUUUCCCUCUCUCUCUCAAAAUCUAUUUUUUUUUUUUUUGUUAUUCUACCAAUAAACCCUUGUUCAAACCAACAAACUUAAUUAUUCUUUAGCAAGAAAAAACUUAAUCAUUUCAAAUCUAAAAAUAAAAAUGUAAUAUUUUAACUUUUUGACGUGGUUUUAUUUUAAUUACAAAAAGAAUGAAAUUGAAAAACUUAAUUAUAUGCAUAAUUGUUCCGGACCUAGUCAAAAAAAAAAUCAGCAUGUUCAAAAUAUAUCAGCCGUGGGAAUUAGGAUUCUAUAAGAGGUAACGUUACAAGCAAAUAAAAUCCUUUAAUUGCGGCUGGUCUAGGAUCAUUUAUUUGUACUAUAAAUCAAAAGGGUUUAGAGAUACUAGACCAACAGAAACUAGACUAUCAAUAACAUCUCAUAAACUAUAGGCUAUAGCUGAAAUGUUUGUAGUUGCAAGAGUUCUCUCGUUUUUAGUUAAGAAAAAAAAGAGUUCUCUGGUUUAAAUGAUACUUGUUAUAUAUAAAGAUGUUAGAAGUCAUGUGUUGCAAAAUAUUUAAAGCCAUGUGUUCUGUCGAUCUAAGCUCGUAUAACAUGAAAUAUUUUGGAACCUAAGUAUAUGCUAUCACAGCACAUCCGCCAAAGUAACUAGUUGUGGAUCCAAUAAGAUGUACCAAAGUAAUUACAAGGUCUAGACUGCUGAGUUGGAGAGGUAACCGCGAUAUAAUAAGUAGUAUUCAAUCAUCAAUGCCUUGGAGGAUCAAUGGAUCAGAGACAAUGGUGAACCUAACAAACUCUACAAGACAUCCACUAUGAAUUAAAACGUUAAAGCUCAAAAAAAAAAAACUGUCAUAAGGCACUAAGGAAAGAGUGGAAGAUGCCUGAAACACACAACUUUGGAGAAACAUAGUACAUUUUGUCUCCAAACGCUGAAGCCACUUGUUGGAUUGCACAAUUCUCACCAAUGAGAAUUGCUUUUACUUUGAAAGCCAAUUUGGCCAAUUAGAUCUCUCGAUUUCUUACUAGUUGUUAGCCCUAUCUUUUUCAAGACAAUAUAUGAUUUCAAACUGUGGUUCUUAAUUAAUUUAACUACAUACAAUCACUAAGUAACCCUAAAAAUAAAAAGAAUUUUGAAAAGGUAUUUCAUUCCACUAAUUAUUUAUAAUGGCAAAAAGUCUGAUUUUCUAUAGAUCACGAGAAUAAAUCUGAAUUUUAUGUUAGAAUUCAUCCGUUUACUUAAAAGGGUAUUUCAUUCCAGUGGACUAGAUAGUUAAUUAUAUGUUCAGAUUUUUUGAGAAUGACCAACUAUUUACAUAUAACAAAACGAAAGUAGAUUUUUUUUUUUUUUUUGCUUAACAACGAAAGUAGAAUUAUUACGUUUUACCAUUGAGUAUUCGCAUGAUCAUGAGUCAACACUCGAUAUAUAAUCAUGUAAUUGAAUAGAGAGGGUCGAGUGUUCGAGAAUAGAGCAAGUCAUUACGAAACACACAAUAACAUCAAUAAUGAGUGAAAAAAAAUAAAAGAGAAUAACCCUAAAUUAUAUCAUAUAUAAACUACAACGUGCAACCAGCUUUUCAGAGUUGCUCUCAAGUCCACCUAAAUUGGAGUGAUUGGCCAUUGGCAGGCACUGUCAAGCAGUACUAAAGCAAAUUUUAAAGCUUCUCUGAUCACGGUUUUGAUCUGUCAUCUUGGUCAUCCAUCAAGAGGACAAGCUGUGUAAACAACUUGCAUUUAUCUCUUAUAUGAAUAUAAAUAUUUUGGAGUUGCUUCAAUCGGUGUAAAACGGAGAAAUGUUCAAUUAUUUCCACUGUUAUGGUUGUCAAAAAAAAAAAAAUCCCACUGUUAUGAACUUACCAUUAUUUUAUACAUUUUUUACAUAGAUCUCUUUCAUAUAUUAUUUCAUAACAUUUUCCACAACUGUACAUAUUAUUAUAUUUUUUUCUUUUAUGCGUAAAGGAUUUUUCAUCUUUAUUGCAUCACGGUGAUUUGAGACCUGCAAUAAUGAUUAAUAGAAUAAAACCUUGGAUGGAGUUUUUUUUAGAUCUUAUAAGAACAACCCCAAUGAAAAUUUCUUUAUCUAAAGUUCUAAAAAUACAUAUAUAUGUAUGUUAUAUAUAAAUAUUAAUAUUAAUAUUCAGUUGGAUUUUCCGUAAAGCUUAGCUAUUCACAACUAAAUACUAAUAUUUAUAUAUAUAUACACAUAUAUGUAUUUUUAGAGAGAGCAUGAUUAACCAUAGUCUCUUAGCCAGGAUUCUUAACUCAUGAUUUGACAUUUGUUUUUGCUAUUUUAUACUUUUCGGCUAGAAGACGGCUCUUAUAUCUCUUAUUUAAUAGACAGUUCUUAGUUUUUUUUAGUUAAAAUCCUCAAUUAAGAGACUGGGGUUAAUCUUGAUCUUAGGUAGAAAAAAUCUCAUUAGAGUUGUUCUAAGAAUCGGAGAGUUAUCAAAUGCUUAUAUAUGUAGCGAGUGGAUAUCGUACAAGUCUUCCUACUUUUACCAAAUUCGAGUAUAGUUAUGUUUUUAUCCAAACUAAGAACUCACGGGAAUUAAAUCAAGUACAAAUUACCUCUUGCCAACCCAAAAAUUGACCCUACACAUGAACUUUAAAUCUAAUGAAAUGUGCUGCAACGACAGCUUUAAAACACCUACUUGCACCAGGACACAUGCAUGUCUACAUAUUUGUAUGCAUGCAUAUGUAUGUAUCAACGUACAUACACUUGCAUAUUUCGCUCUCUUGUCAGUUCAUGAUCAGAUCGUGUAGCUUCAUGAUCAGAAUGUGACACACCAUGUCUGCAUCUGCAUAUGAUAAGAUAGGAUUACAAGUGACUCAGGACUCAUGUGGACAUGAUUGGUUACUCUAUGCACAUAUGCAUAUGCGUGAUGAUCUUGUAUAUGUACUUGUGUUCCCAUUUACGCUUGCAUGCAUCCAUUUGAAUGAUAUUUUACAAGAUUUGGUAGAGAACGUAAUCAGCAUUAUAAACACGAAUUUUGUUAUAUAACCCCGUGCUAACUAUAGAAAAGCGGAAUUUUCUUGCAUUCAAAACGUUCAUAUUGAUCAAUCAUGAUUGAAAUCGUUGUGCGAAGAGUCUACCAUGUUAAUUAUCUCAGUUAAUUGAGCGAGUUUUUUCAAUUACUCGAUUACAAUAAAUUAGUUAUAAAAGAACCUCUUAUGUUAUAUGGGAUCGUUAAACAAUUUGUAUACCCAUUAUAUGAGAUAAGAAGAGAACGUAUUAGCCUAUUAGAUAUAUAACGAUGAGUUUUUGUAUAUGAUAUAAUACAAUAACGUAAUGUCAUGAAAUAUAGCGAGUGUUUAGAAAUAACAAAACAUUUGUAAAAAACACGUUGAAUCCAUGUUAUUUUACAGAAAAGAAAACACAUGUAAUAAAUGAAGCAACUAGUUACAACAUUGGUAUCUGUCAUUUUAGUAAAAAAGAUAGUAAAAUAUGGUUUUUUGACUAAAUAUGGUUAUCUAGUGCAUAAUAUCACUAUACAUCAUAAUUGUUAAAUAUAAUUAUUAUAGACAAAAGAGAAACAAGGAGUAGGCAAGAAGGGAAAGGUAGGACAAGAGUGUUGAUAUAAGACAUGAACAUUAAUCUCACAACCUAUUCAUCAGCACACCCCUGCUGUCUCAUCUUAUUAUAAGUUUCCUCAAUGUACGAAUAACAAAAUUCUAUUACAUCCCAAAAUUGAUAUUAUUUUUUUAACCAAAGAAGCCCGAAAACAUAAACGAAUAUCCAAGAAAUCACCCAUGUAAUUAUAGUUGCUGAUAUACUAUAGAUAUCCACUAUACAAACAACUAUCCAACCAUGUAAAAAUCAUCUCUUAUGUAAAAAUUUAAAAAGAUUCACAGAAAUGAUGUCAGAAUAAGAGCCGAAAGUCAUAAUUAUAUUGGUUACGCAGAAACUUAUUUCAACAUUCAUAAAUAUAUAUAUGUAUGUAGAUGUUUAGUAAGAGAUUGACAAAAGUGGAUAUGUAAAUGGAAAUUAAGGUUAGAAAGUGCGACACCAGAUUCAUGCACCCAUCUUUUUAUGACUUUUGGUCGUCUCUAUUGUUCUGUACAUAAACACUUUCAUAUAUAGGCAAAACACACAAUUGACGAUAUGAUAUAAAAGUACAUUUUGAGAAAGAUUAAUUGUUAAACUAAUGUGAAGUGGUUCUUGCAUUUCAACCAAAAUAAUAUAUAAAUAGACGUUGGUUUUAAAAUUUGAAGGAAAAAGGAAAAGAAAUAGACCCAAAGACCGAACUAGUCACGUCGAAAUUGAGUCGAGUGGACCCAAGAUUGCAAGUCUUGUUUUCUAUUUCUUCUGCUACGGCCCACCUGCCCAACACAAUUUCACGUGGACCGACCAAAUUUAUAAAGAGUAUCUACAUACAUUAUAAAAUAAAUAAAUUAACGGAACUUUCCUACACGUCCUUUUCUCAUUCAUUGUAAAUUUCUUAGUCGAUGGAUCCGGUUCCGGUUGAUACGUUUGAUUACUUUAUUGGUAAUCUUUUGUAUUUCACUAUUAAUUUGCUUUACCAAAUUCCCAAAUUCUCAACUUAUCGUCUUGUAACUGGGAGAUCAGUGGAGAUUGGUUGUUCGUUAUUUCCAGUUCUUGACAAAGAAUCCCUCUGUCCUCAAAAAGACUCUCAUGUAACAUAACAAUUUUAGAAAAAAAAAACAAUGUCGUGUCACACGCAACUGAAGAAUCAUCCUAAUCAGUCUAUAUCGAUGGAUGACUUCCUGAUGAAAAUUUAAACCUAAACAUUUCCGGUGAAAGACAGAGUUUUGCAUGUCAAGUCAGGAUCAUUGAUGUGUUGCACAUACAGCAAAACCAAUUCGAUAUUGCAUGUGCGACUUUGAGAUUAGUUCAAGAAGCGUAAUGUCAAAAUAUUUUAUUACCUUAGAAAUUUCAAUUUUUGUACAUGUAGUGUUAUCUUUAUAGACUAUUUCCCUAAGAUAAUAUUAUUUCUGGUACCAAUUCAUGGUAAACUUUUCUGAAUAAGACUUAGGAUAGUAUAAUCAUUAGUAAUUUUUAUAUACUAUGUUGGAUCUCAUGCUCAGUGCAAAACUAUAGCAAAUCUCUUAUGAUGAAGACAGAACCAACCCACCAUUUGCAACAUAUGGUCGACCUACUAAUUGAAUCAACCGAGCUCCACAAUUUGGGAUACUCAUUACUAUAGUAAAAACAGAUAGAGAGAAAGUGAACAUAUGUUUCAGUAAAAGAAUCAGUUUGAAUCUUACUAUAAUGAUUAGACCAUUUUACUACGUACCUAGGUUGUUAUGGAUCUAAACGUUAUACAUUAAAUAUUCUCUAUCGUUGUAUUUUAAUAUUGAAAGUGUACGGUUCUAAUUAAUCUUCACAAGUUAUCAUGCUAGUGAAACUUUCGAGCUUUUUUCAUAUGCAGAAAAUCAGAAAGGCAUCUGAGUUAUCGUAUGUUGCGUGUUAAUUGACUAUAUGUGGUUUGUGUUACAGACAAUCAAAUCUAUUUGUCAUAAACCAAUAUAUUUUGUGUGAAUUUAGGAAUUUUGUAGCAAAAUCAAUACAGUAUUUUCUGAAAAGAUACAUUGACGUAACAUCACGUGCAUGGUUAAGGUAAUAAUUUGAGGAUAUAUUUUUCUCGAUAAUUUUGAUAGUUAAUAUUAAUAUUUACCAAAAUUUGUUGCAGUUUAAAAAAAAACAUCAAAUUUGUUGCAUACGCAAAAUAAGACAAUUGACUGCAAAAACAAAUAACUAAAAAUAUACGAAAGGCCUAUAAACACCUGCCAACCACAGAAGAUAGAGGAGACACCUGACAAACGUACCGAGAACCAUUGGCAAAAGGCUGAAGAAGGGACGAUCAAAGUCCAAAAGAGUAGCGUGAGACCAGCUUACGGAACCUAAAUCAGGCGAAAACUUGGAACCUUUAAAACCCUUCAUUACAAAGGAAACCGCAAUACUACCGCGUCACAAGUCCAAAACAUCAUUAGCAUCGACUAGACCAAAACAACGCCGACAAUACCCUCAAAAACCCUAAACCAACUGCAUAGGAGAAGAGAGUCAGAGCUGUGUGAACUGCAUAGCUUACACUAACCAGAACCCACUACCAUCUUCAAAAAGGGGAAACAAGUAGGAAAAUCCAGUUUUGUCUUGAUAUUUUCUUGGAAAAAUCCAGUUCUUGAGAGGAAACCAGCAAUUCUGAACGACAUAAAGUUACUGACGUGAGAAGGACCACCAGAAUAUGUAGUCAACCAAAAAGGCUAUGAUCCCUCUUAGGGUAAUAAAUUAAUUUACCAUGAAGAUUCUUGACUAUAUGCAGUAUUGUUCAGUAUGUAACUCUUGAUACAUCAGAAUGUAAUUAUGUCAAAAACUGAUUGGUGUUAAAAAUGUCUAUUCAGUUGGAGUCAAAUAAAAAAAGUAUAUAAUAACAUAGUAUUUCAUAUUUUAAUAUGCGAUUACUUUUCCUUAUUUUUAUGUAGAAAAAACAUUAUUAUAUUUGAUUUUCUUAGUCCAACCUCAGAAGAAAGUCUAUAUAUACUCAACCUCUCUCACUCCCGAUUUCUCAAAAUCUCUCAACUCUCUUUCUCCCAUGGCUUCUUCUUACAUAAUAUCACCAAACACAGCCAAACUCAAUCUCUCCUUUGCACCGUCAGAUCUCGAUGCUCCUUCACCGUCAUCCUCCGUUAGUUACACCAACACCAAGUCCAGACGCCGUAAAUUCUCAACAAACUCCGUCACAGACUCUCCGGCUUUAUUAUUCCCAAACUACCCUUCGCCAAAGCCCAUAAUUCUGGAAAAGGACACUUCUCACUGGAAUCCUCUCCAACGCGCCGCGUCCGCCGCUUUCGACUUCGCCGAGGCCGCAUUACUCUCUCGCGAGCGUUCUCAGCCUCUUCCUAAAACCGUUGAUCCUCGCCAUCAGAUCUCCGGUAACUACGCUCCGGUGCCGGAGCAAUCCGUUAAAUCAUCACUCUCCGUUACCGGGAAAAUCCCUGACUGCAUUGACGGCGUUUAUUUACGUAACGGCGCUAAUCCACUCUUCGAGCCAGUCUCUGGUCAUCACCUCUUCGACGGAGACGGCAUGGUUCACGCCGUUAAAAUCACUAACGGAGACGCGAGUUACUCGUGCCGGUUUACCGAAACCGAGAGAUUGGUUCAGGAGAAACGUCUUGGUUCUCCGAUUUUCCCUAAAGCCAUAGGCGAGCUACACGGUCACACCGGUAUCGCUCGGUUGAUGCUAUUUUACGCACGUGGUUUAUUCGGUUUAUUAAAUCACCGUAAUGGAACCGGAGUCGCUAACGCCGGUUUGGUUUAUUUCCACGACCGGUUAUUAGCAAUGUCUGAAGACGAUCUCCCUUACCAAGUUCGCGUUACCGAUGAUGGCGAUCUCGAGACCGUCGGAAGAUUCGACUUCGACGGACAGUUAAACUCCGCCAUGAUCGCUCACCCUAAAAUUGACCCUGAAACGAAGGAGCUAUUUGCGUUGAGCUACGACGUCGUUAAGAAACCGUACCUUAAAUACUUCAGAUUCUCGCCGGAAGGGGAGAAGUCGCCGGACGUUGAGAUUCCUCUCGCGAGUCCGACGAUGAUGCACGAUUUCGCGAUCACAGAGAAUUUCGUGGUGAUUCCCGAUCAACAAGUUGUGUUUAAGCUCGCCGACAUGUUUCUUGGGAAAUCACCGGUUAAGUACGACGGAGAGAAAGUCUCCCGGUUUGGUAUUUUGCCGAAAAACGCCGAGGACGCGUCGGAGAUGAUCUGGGUCGAGUCUCCGGACACUUUCUGUUUCCACUUGUGGAACGCUUGGGAGUCGCCGGAGACUGAUGAGGUUGUUGUGAUCGGAUCUUGUAUGACUCCGGCGGAUUCCAUCUUCAACGAGUGUGAUGAGCAGCUCAACAGUGUUUUAUCUGAAAUCCGGUUAAAUCUCAAAACCGGAAAAUCCACACGAAGAACUAUAAUUCCCGGUUCGGUUCAGAUGAAUCUUGAAGCUGGUAUGGUGAACCGGAAUUUUCUAGGGAGGAAAACCCGGUACGCGUACCUAGCCAUAGCCGAACCGUGGCCUAAAGUAUCCGGAUUCGCUAAAGUGGAUCUUUCAACCGGAGAAGUCAAAAAUCAUUUUUACGGUGAUAAAAAAUACGGAGGUGAACCUUUUUUCUUACCCAGAGGGUUAGAAUCUGACGGAGAAGAUGACGGUUACAUUAUGUCGUUUGUGCACGACGAGGAGGGUUGGAAAUCGGAGCUUCAGAUUGUUAACGCCGUUACGUUGGAACUGGAAGCAACCAUUAAGUUGCCAUCAAGAGUACCGUAUGGUUUUCACGGCACCUUCGUGAAUUCGGCUGAUAUGUUAAACCAGGCUUAAGAUGCAGUAAACCGAAACAGGUCAUGGUUGGUUUACUGUGCAUAGGGAAUUUUUAAUUUUUUUUGUGUGGGAACAAAUACUAGUUUUUAAAGCAGGGCGGCAGAAGCCAGCUUGAAGCUAGUGUAAGUAGAAUUUUUGUGAGCUCAGCUGCUUUCUGCUGCAUUUUUAUGUACUAAAAUGAAUAUUUUUUGUUAAUAAUCAUUAAUGCCUUUCUCAGUAUAUUUUGUAAAAUCAUUGAUAAAUAAAUAAUUUAAUUUGGAAUCAUCGAUAGUUCAAUACUAGUGAUCAUCAAUACCUUUCCCUGUUCUAAUAUUGUGUAAAAUCUUUGAUAUAUAUAACAGUUUCACUGAAAAUAUUUUUAAUAUUUCGUGUGUGAUUGAAAGGUAAUAUAGACUAAAAUUUUGCUCUAGAUCAAUAUUUUACUUUUGAUUAGAUUAAACUAAAAAUUACCAAUCAAGUAGAAUAUAAUUUUUCAUUAUUUUGUGGUGUAUUGUAUAUAAACAUGAAAAUACAUCAAAUUUUAUUUUGGUAAUGACUGUUUGUCACGUUAGUUAUAAUUAGGUGAUUCUCUCGGAUUCAUGCACUAAUAAAAAUAUUAAUAAAAUAAAAAUAUUAUUAUAAUUGAUUAACAUUUUUUUUAAUUAUUUUAUAGUUUAUGUGCAUAAUUUAUAUCAAUAAAAUUAUAUUUUAAUUAGAUAUGUGAUUUUAGAUAUUUAAUAUCUAUUCGCUUUGGUUAUCAUUUAAGUAUAUUAAAUUGCUUCUACAUACUACUUAGAGAUGUAGUUCGGACUUUUGGAUCAGUUAAUGUUCAUGUUUUUGGGGGUUUUUGAUAUUUUGGUUAGUAAAAACUAUCUACCAUAUUAACCCGGCGCUUGUAGCAUGGUGGUAAAGGGUUCACGGUUGUAAAUUCUACCACCUAGGUUCGUAUUUCGGCACCCAUCGAUUAAAAUGGAUGAAAAAGAUGGUCUUCAAGGAUACCUUCGGCGGGCUCUCUGGCUUAGCUCCGGUGGACGGUCUUUAAGCGCUAAUCAAGACGGUCUUUAGGCGCUAGUCGGGUCUCUCUCAAGGGCAUCCGGAUACCAUGAUCAUAAAAAAACUAUCUACCAUAUUAAUAACACAUCUACUUUAGUUUAGUGCAGUUUAUAUACUAUCGAUUUUGGUUUAUUCGGUUUUAUAUAAAAAAUAUAGCUAUAUUUAUAUGUUAUAUAUUCUAAGAAAUUUAUUUUAUAUGAUUAAGAAUCAGAUUUAUUGAAACAUAAAGAUAUCUUCACUACUCUAUAGUUCGAAUAGAAUAUUUUUCUGUUUUAAUUAACAAUUGAGAAAUAAUUAGUAAGAGCAAAAAGUUAAUAAUUAUGAUAACUUUCAUAUAAAAAAAAGUUUUAAAUAUCGUCAUAAUAUUAUUAAAAACUAAAUUUUAGCACAAUGAUCUGUCAACAAAAGUUAUAUUUUAUUUAGUUUGAUAAAAAUGAGAAAACCAAAAUAACUUUAAACUUAAAACAAAAAGAAUUACAAAAAUCACCGGUUUAAUGAAGAUCAUAUCAAUAAAAUAAAUUAUGUA